AUGGGAUCAGAAGGCAGUCUUGUCCCUUGGUACGUUUUUCGAACCCUAAACUUAAGCCCAGCCUUGAUUAACAUCAUUGUAGACGGUGGUGGCAUCCGGGGCUAUUCAGCACUGCUGAUUAUUGGGGAGCUUAUGAAGAAGAUUAAGCAUAUAGAGCAGAAUAUGCCUCCAGGACCAGAUCCUUGGGACGGGCCUGCUCACUCUAGUUACCAUCCAGUGGAUCCCGAUCAGGAAAUGUCUACCGAUAGUGACGAUUCCGCCAGCGAUAGCGCUUCCAAAAUGGCGGAAUCAUCUGCGUUUCUGCCUUGCCAUUACUUCGACUACAUAGCAGGAACAAGCACUGGGGGCUUGAUCAGUAUCAUGCUAGGGCGACUUCGGAUGAGUGUCGAUGAAUGUAUAGAAGAAUAUCGGGCACUUGGUGACGAAGUCUUUGGAAAAAGACGAAUUUUUCAUUUACGGUCUAUCCCGCCAAUCUGGCUUCCUCGUGAGAAGUACAAUCACAAAAACCUUGAAGCAGUUAUACAAGAUUUAGUGAAACGAAAGGUUCCGAAGAUUGGCCGCUUUCCUGGGGGUAGGAACUUCGAGUUCGAUGAGAACAGGUGCCGAGUAGUCGUUGUGGCAUACCAGGAAAAUCCUGAAUCUGGAACGGAGCAAACGUACCUCUUUCGCACUUACAAAAACCUGAGGAAACCAUCUGACCCGGGGCAAGCCAUUCUAUAUCGUAAUCCUGGACCUGCAGACGACAUUGAGAUCUGGAAAGUCGCGCGCGCGACCUCUGCCGCCCCGAGCUACUUCAAAGAAAUGACCAUUGAGGAUCUGAAGUACUUGGACGGCGGCUUUGGUGCCAAUAACCCAUGCUUAGAGAUCUAUCAAGAGAUUCUGAAUAUCAACAACGACAACGAAAAUUGCUUGGGCUGUAUCUUGAGUAUUGGUACUGGCAAAAACGACGAAAAGCGUUUACAGUCGCAAGCAGGAUUCAGGGAAAGCUUGAAAUUGGGCCUUGGGAAAUACAUUCGGUUCGAAAAUUUCGCCAGAAAGUGGGCCAGCGAGUCAGAGGCGCCUCAUCGGGCCAUGCUAAGCAAUUGGCGAAAGUCCAACGAGGCUUUCAAAUACUGUCGCCUCAACGUAGUUGAUGGCCUUGCCCGAAUGAAAUUGGACGAAUGGCGACGCCGGAGUUCGGCAAGAUUGGCAAUUGGUCGGAAUAUUGGAAGGUGCAAUCGCCGGAUGAAAUCGAAAAAGAGCCUACCGCAGUCUGCAAAGGAUGCCCAACAAUUGAAACUCCGACGAAUGAAACACGAGGACGACAAUGAAAGCAACGCGACCGAUUCCAUUGCAGCCAACGAUGCCUCAGACCCCAAAGAAGAGCUUGAAAAGUUCAUACCUGAUUCUUACAAGCCUUUGAAUAAGACCAUUGAGACAAUUACGAAACUGACUGAGACCUACCUGGCUCAACAAGAUUGCCAAGAUGAGCUUGACCAAAUCGCGAGUCAUUUAGUCGAGAGUCGUCGUGCCCGCGUACGAGCAAAUCCUGACCGUUGGCAGAAGACGUGCUUUCGGACCUGGUAUCAGUGUCAAGUGCGAGGCUGCCCAAGAGGCGAGUCCGAGUAUCCCGACGCUCAUGCAAUGCGAAAGCACCUGCUCGACAAGCACAAGGAUAAAUUCUCCAAGCACGAUGACCAAGCGAUACAGAACCUGAACAAGACCAUUCUCAAUUUCAAGAUCACAGUUCGUUGA